GAACCAGUCGUCCCUGUAUUGAACGAGAUGGGACAGCAGUACAGAAAAAUCACUAAGCACAUCUCAUCAAAUCCGAAACGUGCAACCACAUAUUCUGAGGAUGGUGAAGCCUACUGUAUCAAAAUGAAACGGAAAUUUUAUGAGGCAACGAACAAGAAUGAUGCAGUCACCCCCAUGUACGAACCCAAAGGGCCAGACUUUAAUUUCACUAACGAUACUCACAACGCGACCCAUGACGAUGUCACAGCAUCGCAAGAACGCAAAGACCAGCUCAUACGAUUCGUAGAUGAGUUAAAAAAAUCAUUGGAUAGCCGUCGAAUGAACUGGUUUGACUGCUGGAAGGAAGGACGAAGUCGUGGUAUUGUUCUACAGUACACAAACUACGAAGUUAUGAAAAACGCCUAUAUCGGGCGAAGCAGAAACACCCUUAAUCCUUCCCUCUGUACUCUACCCUUUUAUUUCAUUGUCUAUCUCACCGAGUCCCCUUUACAUUAG